AUGCCGGGUGUUCCGUCUUACAAAGGCUGCGAUGCUUGUCGAAAGCAGAAGAAGAAGUGCGAUAAAGCUCAGCCGAGAUGUGCUCGUUGCGAGAGACUCGAUAUUGCCUGCGUCAACGUGGGUAAACAGCGCUACAAGUUCAAAGUCAGGACUCUAGAGCAUGGCUCGAGCAAUUCAACACCUCAGAUCGUCGACACAGAUAGUGACUCCAGUUCACGAAAGUCGUCAUCACCGUUACAAGCUCUGAUUAAAGUUCCGAGUAAUCCGACGACCAAAGUAACCCACACGUUGGUAUCAAGACUGGAGAUUACAGACUUGCGUUACGAUAUCACCUGUUAUGGAGACUUUUUGCGACAUAUUCCUGCCAGGUUGGGGAGGAAUGAGGCUCUUGAUGCUUCGGCUGAUGCUUUGGCUACGACGUUCUCGACAUUGCAUAUGCCGCAGGGCUAUCAGACUAUCGAUGCGUUGACGAAAUAUGGAAAGGCGCUGGGUGCGUUGAGGUUGUGUUUGGCUAAUCCAGCCAAGGCGAGGAUGCCCGAGACUAUGUGUGCUGUUUAUCUGAUCAUGAUCUGUCAGGGUUGGCUGGGACGAGAUGAUGAUCCGAAUACAAGUCAUGGCCAAGGUCUAGCAUAUCUGCUCAAAGCAGCAGCACGAGAGAACUGGAAAGCAGGUUUCGAAACAGAAAUGAUUCUCACCUUCUGCGUCCCAGUAAUCAUUGAGAGUAUCUCAAAUCCCAAAGUCAGAUUAGAAAAGUGGUUCUGGGACAUGCUCGAUAACUUCAAGAAAAACAACCCUCCUACUCCAGCCGAAACCCGACAUAGAGAACAAGAAGGCCAAGACGCCGGUAUCCCAAGUCUCUCGAUAAGAAAUCUAGGAAGACUACCUGACUUUAUCAAUGAGCCCGAGAUACAUCGUAUGGAGAUUACUUGUGCUUAUCACAGGUUAUGUCGAGACCUGCGCAAGGUAUCCGAGAUCGUCAAAGCCGUUACGUGGGAACCUGGAUACCAACCCACGCCAAUGCAACUCCGCUUAUCACGCUCUUACAAUUCAGCAUACUCUGUUAUGCUAACGGUUCUCGUUAUCAUGAACGCACUCAUGCAGGCCUUCGAUCCCUACAACCUCGCCCUCGUGGGUGAAGCAGCACUGUGUUCCUCAGAAGUGGUCUCCAUGGCACAGAGGAUAAGUCAGUACCGACCUCUAGGCGCAAGUCAUGUACCUCUUGCUCUAGCUAUUGCUUGGGCUGCUACAGAAGAACAAGGCCUGAAGGCACAGCUUGACGAGCUUAUGAAGGAGUAUCAGCAGGAUUGGAUGGUGACGUGCUGGGACAAAGUUGGGUACUGGUGGAUGGAUAAGUUUGCCGAGUUGAAGGAGAGGUUGGCCCCGAGGGUUGUGUCGCCUGAGCAAGAGGAUGUCUUGGUUGCUCAAGGUGAAAGUGCGAUCACUGUGGGUUCGAGGGCCAAGCAGCCUGCGGAGGAGUGUUGUGUUAUGUAG